AGACCUGCACGAACACUGGCAGUGUCCGUGGAGCCAACCCAAACCGAACUUGCCGACUAGCGCGGCUGGUGUGGCUCUUCCGACUAGCGCGCGCUGUGCAGACACAGAACGGGGAGCGCCAGCCCUGACGCAAUCGAGUCGACCAACCGCCUCCCGCUCCGAUUUCCGACCCCAUUUCCGAGGGCCUCCGAAACUUUCUCAGAAUUUAAAUCCGCACCACAGUUUGCUUCCCAAGCCUCCAUCCAAUCGCUGAGGCGAGAUUCUCCGUGGAUCCUGGCCUAGGGGGCACCGCGAGGCGAUGGCGUCGGCGAGGCUGACCCCGAACGCCGUGGCGGCGGUGCUGGCGGGGGGCACGAACCUCAGGCCGGUCGUACAGGUCGUCGACCUGCGCCGCGCCAACGGAGACAGGUGGCGCGCCUGUGUAUCCGACGGCCUCACCUCCUGCUCCGCGAUGCUCGCCGAGCGGCUCGGCGACCUCCCGCGCUCCGGCGUCGUUCGGUGCGGCAGCAUCGUGCAGCUCGACGAUUACGUCCUCAGCGACCCGUCCAGAAGGAUUGUUGUUGUUCUGAACAUGACAGUUCUUCGUGCGGAGUGUGCCAUCAUUGGGAAUCCAACGAUUACUUCAGAAACUGUAUCUUCUAACCAAAACCACCUGAGAGUGGAGCAGUUUAAUGGAACACGUCAGUAUGGUUUGACGGCAGGAAACCCAAAUCUCACAAGGCCCAAUGGAAAUGUUCCAGUCUUCCAACCUUCAAUGGCAGCAAACACUUUGAACACACCCACCAGGCUCAGUGGCCAAACUCCGGCCUUCCAACCAACUGCGCAACCAUCCUAUCGCCCUGCACCCAGUUACAAAAACCAUGGAGCAAUUGCGAAAAAUGAAGCCCCUGCUAGAAUAAUCCCCAUAUCUACUUUAAAUCCUUAUCAGGGCCGCUGGGCUAUCAAGGGUAGAGUUACUGCCAAGGGAGACAUCCGCCGGUACCACAAUGCAAAAGGUGAAGGAAAAGUGUUCAGCUUUGACCUACUUGAUUCUGAUGGUGGUGAGAUACGGGUGACAUGUUUCAAUGCACUUCUUGAUCGCUUCUAUGAAGUUGUGGAAGUUGGUAAGGUCUAUGUGGUAUCAAGAGGAAACUUGAAACCUGCACAGAAGAACUAUAACCAUCUGAACAAUUAGUGGGAGAUUACUUUGGACAAUGGAUCAUCAGUGGAUCUUUGUCUUGAUGAGAACAGCUCCAUUCCCUCCCAGCGGUUUAACUUCAGACCGAUCAGUGAAGUUGAGGAUACUGCGAACACUGCAAUCCUCGAUAUCAUAGGUGUUGUUAUCUCUGUCAGUCCUUGCACCACAUUACAAAAGAAAAAUGGCAUGGAAACUCAGAAAAGAGUUAUUAACCUGAAGGAUAUGUCCGGUCGAAGUGUUGAUGUAACCAUUUGGGGUGAAUUUUGCAACAGAGAAGGCUCACAGCUGCAAGAAAUUGUUGAAUGCGGGGGCUUCCCUGUGCUCGCUGUCAAAACAGGAAGAGUAAAUGAUUUCGGUGGCAAGUCCGUGGGCACAAUUUCUUCCUCUCAACUCCUCAUAGACCCUGAUAUUGCUGAAGCUCAUAGUCUCAGGCAAUGGUUUGACAGUGGAGGAAGGGAUGCUUCCACUCAGUCCAUAUCCACGGAUGUCAUUCCUGCAGCAUCAAGGAACGAUAUCCGAAUGACCAUAGCUCAAAUCAAGGAUGAAGGUCUUGGAAUGGGGGAUAAACCGGAUUGGGUUACGGUGAAGGCCUCCAUUAUAUUCUUCAAGAACGAAAACUUCUGCUAUACAGCUUGCCCUAACAAGGAAGGCGACAGGCAAUGCAAUAAGAAAGUGACAAAGGGGACCUCUGGCUUGUGGUUCUGUGACAAAUGUAACAGAGAGUUUACAGAGUGUGACUACAGAUAUCUUCUGCAGCUACAGAUUCAAGACCACUCAGGAACAACUUGGGUGACGGCAUUUCAGGAGUCUGGGCAAGAUUUACUUGGUUGCUCGGCGCAAGAUCUCAACAGAUUCAAAGAGGAGGAGGAUCCUCGUUUUGCAGAGACCAUGCUCCAAUGUUUGUUCCAGGAGUAUCUGCUAAGACUGAAGAUCAAAGAAGAAACGUACGGUGAUGAGCGGAGAGUGAAGAACACCUUGGUCAAAGUGGAGAGGUUUGAUCCUGCAGGAGAAAGUAAAUAUCUGCUCGAUUCGAUUUCAAGGUCGACCACAUUUUAUUAAAUAGAGAGUUUCACUCCCACGAGGUGUCGUGGCGUCCAUAACCAAUUUUCCUGCUCGCGUGGCCAAAGGUUUAGUUAGGAGUACCAUAUUAAGUGAUUUAUGCAGUUCAUAGUGAUAUGUUUUUUAUUUGCCUACUACUCUUAAAAGCAUGUCAAUGUCUCGGCCUAUAUAGGCUUCCAUGUUAAAUUUUAAUUAAGCAAUUCAGGUGUCGCUAUUAAAAGAUGUUGAUGUCUCGGAUUAUGGACUCCCUCUUUUUUAACCAAUCAAUGCAGUUGAAGUUUCUCUGGAA